AUGGAAGAUCCGCCCGCCCUCGCCUCCCUCUCCCUCACCCACGUCCACUAUGACCCCAAUGACCGCUUCUCGUACCUGUGCGCCUGGCUUGCCCUCGUGCCCCAGGGUCUUUGCGUCGUCUACACCACCCUGAUCUGGUCCAGCCGCGAAGCCGAAGUCGCCCUGAUGUUCGCCGGCCAGCUGGCCUGCGAGGCUCUGAACUGGUGUCUGAAGCGCCUGAUCAAAGAAGAGCGUCCGCGCCAAAUGUACGGCAAAGGCUACGGCAUGCCCUCGUCGCACGCCCAAUUCGUCUCCUUCUUCUCCCUCUACCUCGCCCUCUUCCUCCUCUUCCGCCACACGCCGCAUCCGACCCAAACCCACACCCCGACCACCUUCUUCCAGCGCCUCGCGCUCUCCUGCCUCGCCCUCGCCUCCGCCGCCGCCGUCGCCUUCUCCCGCAUCUACCUCUCCUACCACACCGACAAGCAGGUCCUGGUCGGGUGUUGCGCCGGCGCCGCCUUUGCCGUGCUUUGGUUUGAGAUUACUGCGUGGGUGAGGAGAAGCGGGUUGCUGGGAUGGGCGCUGGAGACUGGGUUGGCGAGGAUGGCGCGGUUAAGGGAUUUGGUGACUGAAGAGGACUUGGUGGACGCGGGGUGGGCGAGGUGGGAAGAGAGGAGGAGGGUGAGGAGGGGGUUGGAGGGUGGGAAGAAAGGACGGUAG